GUCCCUGCCUUACAGUCUCGCGGUAGGUUUGCUUAAUAAAACAGUUCAAACCUCUCUCUCUCUCUUAAUUUCCCUCUUUUUCUCUUUUAAAGUUUAAACUCAUAUCCCAGGCAUAUGAAGUGCUUUCAGAUCCCAAGAAAAGGGACAUUUAUGACCAGGGUGGAGAACAGGCCAUCAAAGAAGGAGGCUCGGGCAGCUCCAGCUUCUCGUCACCCAUGGACAUCUUCGACAUGUUCUUUGGUGGUGGAGGACGGAUGGCUAGAGAGAGAAGAGGCAAGAAUGUGGUACACCAGUUGUCUGUAACUCUUGAAGAUUUAUAUAACGGAGUCACAAAGAAAUUGGCUCUCCAGAAAAAUGUAAUUUGUGAAAAAUGUGAAGGUGUUGGCGGGAAGAAGGGGUCGGUGGAGAAGUGCCCUCUGUGCAAGGGUAGGGGGAUGCAGGUCCACAUCCAGCACAUCGGGCCGGGCAUGGUGCAGCAGAUCCAGACCGUAUGCAUCGAGUGCAAGGGUCAGGGCGAGCGCAUCAACCCCAAGGAUCGCUGCGAGACGUGCAGCGGCGCCAAGGUGAUCCGCGAGAAGAAGAUCAUCGAGGUACACGUUGAGAAAGGUAUGAAAGAUGGGCAAAAGAUACUAUUUCAUGGAGAAGGAGAUCAGGAGCCUGAACUGGAGCCUGGUGAUGUCAUAAUUGUGCUUGAUCAGAAGGAUCAUAGUGUCUUUCAGAGGCGAGGCCACGACUUGAUCAUGAAAAUGAAAAUUCAGCUCUCUGAAGCUCUCUGUGGCUUCAAGAAGACGAUAAAAACACUGGAUGAUCGAAUCCUUGUUAUCACAUCCAAGUCAGGCGAGGUGAUCAAGCACGGGGACCUCAAGUGCGUGCGCAAUGAAGGGAUGCCGAUCUACAAAGCACCCCUGGAGAAGGGCACCCUGGUCAUCCAGUUCUUAGUCGUCUUCCCUGAAAAACACUGGCUUUCUCAAGAGAAGCUUCCUCAGCUGGAAGCCUUACUCCCUCCCCGACAGAAGGUGAGGAUCACAGACGACAUGGACCAGGUGGAGCUGACGGAGUUCAACCCCAGUGAGCAGAACUGGCGCCAGCACAGAGAGGCCUAUGAGGAGGACGAUGACGGGCCCCGGGCCGGGGUGCAGUGCCAGACAGCCUGACGUGGCACGGUGCGGCCCAGCCGCUGGACUCGCACACGAUGAAUGUAACGUUGGCACAAUGAAAUGGCAUCGCUUUAAUGGC